AUGGCUGGUUCAUUGUCUGCAUCAGUGACAUCGCUACAGUCGUCUCUCCAGAUACUGGACAAUUCCAUAACCACCCUCGAUUCGGGCGUGAACGAUCUCCCGCGGCUAUGUAAAGUCCUUCAAACAACCAGACACUUUGAGCUCCUCCCCGAGCCAACAUUGCGCGAAGCACAACAAUCCCUCCUUGACGAAAUUACCCCUAGCAUCACCCACCUCCUCACGCUAUCAUCAAACCACGUUGAAAAGCUGGCGCGCCGCGAGCAAGGCCUCAAGGCGAAAUGUGAGCUGCAAGAAGGCCGACUAACAUCCACCCCGGAGAGCCGAUCCUCGGCUACACGCAAUCAACCAACGAGCAGCUCUCUGCGGGGUCGCAUGGCGGGGUCUGGCGCUGCCUCCAGUAAUGCGGCAUCCAAGGCAGCGGAGCUGAGAAGACUCUUGCAGAAGAAAGAACGACUCAAGUUUGCGGUCGAUCGAUUGGAAUUACAAAGUACGCAGAAGCAAAGGCAGUUGCGGAAGAGUAUGGCCGCGCAGUGA